AUGGCCGCCGUCCCCUUCUUGUCGGCCGCCACAAAAUGGCGGCCGAAGGCGGCGGUCGCCCGGACCGGGUUCUCCCCUCCUCCCCCUCCCCACCCGUUAAAUAUUAUUCUUUUGAAGAUUCUUCAUUAUCAAGCCGCCAAAGUGGAGAGUGCGAUUGCAGAAGGGGGUGCUUCUCGUUUCAGUGCUUCUUCGGGCGGAGGAGGAAGUAGGGGUGCACCUCAGCACUAUCCCAAGACUGCUGGCAACAGCGAGUUCCUGGGGAAAACCCCAGGGCAAAACGCUCAGAAAUGGAUUCCUGCACGAAGCACUAGACGAGAUGACAACUCCGCAGCAAACAACUCCGCAAACGAAAAAGAACGACAUGACGCAAUCUUCAGGAAAGUAAGAGGCAUACUAAAUAAGCUUACUCCUGAGAAGUUUGACAAGCUAUGCCUUGAGCUCCUCAAUGUGGGUGUAGAGUCUAAGCUCAUCCUCAAAGGGGUCAUACUGCUGAUUGUGGAUAAAGCCCUCGAAGAGCCAAAGUAUAGCUCGCUGUAUGCUCAACUAUGUCUGCGAUUGGCAGAAGAUGCACCAAACUUUGAUGGCCCAGCAGCAGAGGGUCAGCCAGGACAGAAGCAGAGCACAACAUUCAGACGCCUCCUAAUUUCCAAACUACAAGAUGAAUUUGAAAACCGAACCAGAAAUGUUGAUAUCUAUGACAAGCGUGACAACCCCCUCCUCCCUGAGGAGGAGGAACAAAGAGCCAUUGCUAAGAUCAAGAUGUUGGGGAACAUCAAAUUCAUUGGAGAGCUUGGCAAGCUUGAUCUUAUUCAUGAAUCUAUCCUUCAUAAGUGCAUCAAAACACUUUUGGAAAAGAAGAAGAGAGUCCAACUCAAAGAUAUGGGAGAGGAUUUGGAGUGCCUCUGUCAGAUAAUGAGGACGGUUGGGCCUAGAUUAGACCACGAGAGAGCCAAGUCCUUAAUGGAUCAGUACUUUGCCCGUAUGUGCUCCUUGAUGUUAAGUAAGGAAUUGCCAGCAAGGAUUCGUUUCCUGCUGCAGGAUACUGUGGAGUUGCGAGAACACAAUUGGGUUCCUCGCAAAGCUUUUCUUGACAAUGGACCAAAGACGAUCAAUCAAAUCCGUCAAGAUGCAGUAAAAGAUCUGGGAGUUUUCAUUCCUGCUCCUAUGGCUCAAGGGAUGAGAAGUGACUUCUUUCUGGAGGGACCGUUCAUGCCACCCAGGAUAAAACUUGAUAGGGACCCACUUGGAGGACUUGCUGAUAUGUUUGGACAAAUGCCAGGAAGCGGAAUUGGUACUGGUCCGGGAGUUAUCCAGGAUAGAUUUUCACCCACCAUGGGGCGUCAUCGUUCAAAUCAACUCUUCAAUGGCCAUGGGGGACACAUCCUGCCUCCACAGUCCCAGUUUGGCGAGAUGGGAGGCAAGUUUAUGAAAAGCCAGAUCAGCCUGAGGCCUGCUCAGUCUUUCCUGAUGAAUAAAAAUCAAGUGCCAAAACUUCAGCCCCAGAUAACCAUGAUCCCUCCCAGUGCACAGCCACCGCGCACUCAAACACCACCCUUGGGACAGACUCCUCAGCUUGGUCUCAAAACUAAUCCACCGCUUAUCCAGGAGAAGCCUGCCAAGAUCAGCAAAAAGCCGCCUCCGUCUAAGGAAGAACUACUUAAACUAACCGAAGCUGUCGUGACUGAGUACCUGAACAGUGGGAACGCGAACGACGCCGUCAAUGGCGUUCGAGAGAUGAGGGCGCCCAAACACUUCCUUCCGGAGAUGUUGAGUAAAGUGAUCAUCCAGUCGCUAGAUCGGACUGACGAAGAUAAGGAAAAAGCAAGUUCUCUGAUCAGUUUACUGAAGCAGGAAGGAAUAGCCACCAGCGACAACUUCAUGCAGGCUUUCCUGAAUGUACUAGACCAGUGCCCCAAACUGGAGGUGGACAUCCCUUUGGUGAAAUCGUAUUUAGCACAGUUUGCAGCCCGGGCCAUCAUUUCAGAGCUGGUGAGCAUUUCCGAACUGGCUCAACCAUUGGAAAGCGGCACCCAUUUUCCCCUCUUCUUGCUCUGCCUUCAGCAGUUGGCUAAGUUACAAGAUCGCGAGUGGUUAACCGAACUUUUCCAACAAAGCAAAGUCAACAUGCAGAAAAUGCUCCCAGAAAUUGAUCAGAACAAGGAUCGAAUGUUGGAGAUCCUGGAAGGAAAGGGACUUAGUUUCCUGUUCCCCCUUCUCAAACUAGAGAAGGAGCUGUUGAAGCAAAUAAAAUUGGAUCCAUCCCCUCAAACCAUUUACAAGUGGAUUAAAGAUAACAUUUCGCCCAAACUUCAUGUAGAUAAGGGAUUCGUGAACAUUUUAAUGACCAGCUUCUUGCAAUAUAUUUCUAGCGAAGUGAACCCACCCAGUGAAGAACCCGAUACUUCCUCUGCUCCUUCAAAAGAGCAACUGGAGCAAGAAAAACAACUGCUUCUUUCUUUCAAGCCUGUAAUGCAAAAGUUCCUCCACGAUCACGUUGACCUUCAGGUCAGUGCCCUGUAUGCUCUUCAGGUGCACUGUAACAAUAACAACUUUCCAAAAGGCAUGUUGUUGCGCUUUUUCGUUCACUUCUACGACAUGGAAAUCAUUGAAGAAGAAGCUUUCUUAGCGUGGAAAGAAGAUAUAACCCAAGAGUUUCCGGGGAAGGGCAAGGCUUUAUUCCAGGUGAAUCAGUGGCUUACCUGGCUAGAAACCGCUGAAGAAGAAGAAUCGGAGGAAGAAGCUGACUAAAGAACCAGCCAAAGCCUUAAAUUGUGCAAACAUAGUGUUGCUAUGAUGUAACCGCAUUUGACCUAACCACUGCGAAAACCCAUUCCGCCGUAACGUUUUCACGAUAUCUACCGCAGAACCGCGUCGACGGGAUUUUCUUCUGCAUAAGGUUUUUUUGUAGCGUAAUGUCUUUAAUCGUAGUCUGCCAUCGGAUAUUUUAGAGUAUCGUUAAUGUUUAGAUAGUAGCAUGCAAUAAUUUCAUCCUACGUUCUCCGGCAGAGGCGGGCGAUGGCAGAGACCUUCUUCGCCGCCAGUUCUCAUAGGCUGUCUUUGAGUUAGAAAACGGAAACGCAACACUGAAUAAUACUGUAGGAAUGCACUUUGCUCAGUAUAAUACUUGAGUCGUUGCAAUAUUUGAUUAUCCAUUUGGUUGUUACAGAGAAUUCUUAAAAACUGUAAUCGAUGGUUGUUGCUGUAAUAGUAUAUUGCCUGUAUCUCUACCUCUAGUAAUGGGCUUUAUGUGUUUAGAUUUUAAUAUCCUCGAGCCUGGGCAAGUGCACGAGUCUUUUUAAAAAGAAACAUGGUUUACUUGCACAAAACUGAUCAGUUUGGAAGAGAUCGUUGAUGCCCUUGGAAGUGGUUUUUGUGGGUGUGAAACAAAAUGGUGAGAAAUUGAAUUGGUCCCUUAUUAUAGUAUUGAAAUUAAGUCUACUUAAUUUAUCAAGUCAUGUUCAUGCCCUGAUUUUAUAUACUUGUAUCUAUCAAUAAACAUUGUGAUACUUGA